UCAGCCAGUCGCCAGCUGGUAGCCGGUGAACGUAGAUAUUCUUGGAUUUUGAUCCGUAGCUAGUGUAUCGCGCCAGGUUAUCGUGCGCGAAUGAAGCUGGACAUGUACCGGGGAAAGUUAACGGAUAUUUGAAUUGUUAGAGGUUGAAGAGAUCAAUGAACUCGUCAGGAUGUCGUCGGUCUUCUCGAAAUUAAUUGUCAAAACGUCUGCUACCUGUGGAAUUCGUCGGGAACGACUGACAAAGGGAGUUGUUGGCAUAGUGACAACGUUGUAUUUGCUUAAGCUUGGAUAUCCAUAUUUGGUUGGUGGUGGCAAGAGAAAAAAGACAAAGAAUGAAAGUGGUGGACAAAGUGACGGCAAGAGUUUGAAGGAGAAUCAUUGUGAAAAGAGACAUAAUGAGGAUGGGGCACUUAGUACUGUCGUUAAUGGAAAUAAAAAAGUAUCCGGGGGAGAGGUCAAUGUCGGUCUUGAUCGAGCAUUUUUGAGGCAACUUAUUACUUUACUUAAGAUUAUGGUACCAGGAUGGCGUACCAAGGAAGCUGGACUUCUGGCUUGUGCAACAUUUGCUCUUUUGACAAGAACAUUUUUGUCAGUUUAUGUUGCUACUUUAGAAGGGCAAAUUGUUAAACGUAUUGUUCUUAGAGAUGUUCGUGGUUUCUUUCAUAUGUUAGCAAGGUGGUUCGCUAUUGCUUUUCCUGCUACUUUUGUUAAUUCAGCUAUUAGGUAUUUGGAGGGUCGACUGGCACUUAGCUUUAGGGGGAGAUUGGUGGAAUAUGCGUACAAGAUGUAUUUGAGUCAACAAACCUACUAUAGAGUAUCUGCACUGGAUUCUCGUUUGGGAGGAGCAGAGCAAAGACUGACAGAUGAUUUAUCCGAGUUAGCUAGUUCUGUUGCCCAUUUGUACUCAAGUUUAACUAAACCACUAUUGGAUUGUGCAUUGGUAGGAAUUGCUUUGGCAUCGUUCUCUGCACGAAUGGGGGCCAGGACUGUUCCAGGUCCCUUGCUAGCCGCAGCUGUGAUCGCAUUAACGGGCCAAGUAUUACGUGUGGCUUCUCCCCGGUUUGGUCAGCUGGUGGCCGAGGAGGCGUCGCGACGUGGACGACUCCGAGAGGCGCAUGCUCGAAUCAGCGCUCAUGCCGAGGAAAUUGCAUUUUACGGAGGACACCGUACGGAGCAUCGGUACCUAAACACAGCAUACAAAUCUCUCGUCGUGCAUCUGCGCAGAGUCCUUGCUCUAAAGCUAGGAUACGUAAUGCUGGAGCAACUGCUCAUGAAAUAUGUUUGGUCAGGAACUGGUCUCCUGGUAAUAGCAAUGCCCCUCCUCUACAAGACAGGCACCACGUCUGCACGUACCAACUCUCUCGAUAAUGAUGGAGACGGUGGCGUUGGUGAACGUACUCGCUAUCUGACAACCUCCAAGAACCUUCUAAGUUCAGGAGCAGACGCCGUUGAGAGGCUCAUGUCAUCGUACAAGGAACUUGUGGCACUUGCUGGCUACGCCGCACGGGUUAACGAAAUGUUGGAUGUAUUUAAGGAUACGGCUUUAUGCAAAUAUCGUAGAAACGUCGUUACAGCUAGUCAAUUGCGCGGAAUCAAUGGGGACGCAUUGCACAGACCAGACAGAGCAAUAGAAUUUCAUGACGGCGUUCCUGUUAUUAAGGGUAUUAUACGAGAGAGUACAGACGGCAGCAUCAGCCUGACUGACGUGCCUGUAGUCACUCCUAAUUGUGAAGUAAUUGUACCUAGCUUGACGCUGCACAUAGAGCCAGGAGAUCACUUGUUGAUCACGGGUCCUAAUGGAUGUGGCAAGAGCUCUUUGUUCCGGAUCGUAUCCGGCCUGUGGCCCGUCUACGGUGGUACCUUGACAAGACCUGCGGAGUCGUACUCGAUCUGCAGUGGACGACCGGCUAUGUUUUACAUACCACAAAAGCCAUAUAUGACAAUUGGCUGUCUGCGAGAUCAGAUCACGUAUCCGGCGGAAACAAAGAAGGAACAAUGCAGCGACGAAGAAUUGUUGCGUCUGUUAGACCUUGUAGAUUUGCGCGGACUGGCGGAAAGGGAACCAGAAGGACUGGACGCUCUUGGCGAUUGGGAUUCAACAUUAUCCGGUGGUGAGAAACAACGUUUAGCAAUGACUCGGUUGUUCUAUCAUGCUCCGCAAUAUGCACUACUGGAUGAGUGCACCAGUGCUGUUAGUCUCGAAGCCGAGGGCGCCAUGUACGAGACUGCUAAGCAGAGAGGCAUUACACUUCUUACGAUAACGCAUAGAGUAUCUUCGCUCGCGAAAUUCCAUCGACUUUUAUUGCGAUUUGACGGCGAUGGUGGCUGGAGUUUUGGACCAUUGGAUCCUGACACUGGAACUGUUACCAAGGAAAGAGAACAAAUGGACAAACUAGAAACAGAGACUAAGGAAGGCCACUAUCAGAAGCUGCAGGAAUUCCGCGAGAUGCUUAGCGCCGAUACGCACGUUGGCAUCAGUUGAUUCAUUAGGUUACCAUAGCCGUUCUAAAUGUUAUAACUAUAAAUUUUAUAUUCUAUGCAUACGCACGCGUGUGUAUAUGUAUUUGUUGCGUAUAUAUAUACACUCCUAUUGUAUUAUAUAAAAAAUAAAUAUUAUACGUUUAUUUUUCAUUACAAA